AUGGCCACCGUAGGAAUCACUGUCCCCUUCACUCAAGCCCCACCAUAUAGGGUGCAUGAGGGAAAGACGGCCGUCAUCACGGGCGGUGCUAGGAGCAUUGGUGCCGCCAUAGCUCGGAACCUCGCCUCCAAAGGCGCCAAUGUUGUCCUCAUCUACCUAACCGAGGCAUCCGACGCGCCUGCCGCCGCCCUCGCCGCCGAACUAUCCAAGUCGCACAAUAUCAAGGCAGUACCCGUACGCGCCGACUUCAGCACGCCCGAGGGUUGUGCAAGGGUUGUGGCCGCCGUGAAGAGCGACAUGCCGCCCAACGCAGAGACGGGGAAGCCACAGGUCGACAUCCUCAUCAACUGCGCGGCUCUCUUCCACGCCAUGCCCCUCGAGGCCGUCAACAUAGAGGACUUCCACAAGGUCUACUCCAUCAACGUGCUGGGCCCCAUCCUGCUUACUCAAGCCGUGAAGCCGCUUCUGCCCAACGACCGCUCGGGCCGCAUCGUGAACGUGUCAAGUAUCGGUGCCAAGGUCGGUCUCGAGUACCUGACACUGUACGGAGGCAGCAAGGGCGCGCUCGAGGCCAUGACGCGCACCUGGGCCCGCGAGCUCAAGGAGCACUGCACCGUCAACUCUUGCAACCCCAGUUCCACGAUGACGGACAUGCUUCGCGGCGCCUCGGAGGACGCCAAGAAAGCCAUCUCGUUGUGGUACCCGCUGACACCGUUGAGCGGCAUUCGAGAGUGGGAUACUGAUGAGCAGAAGGAGAUGGCUGAACAGUAUGGUGGUCGCGCUGGCUAUGCCGAAGAGAUCGCCGGGAUUGUCGGGAUGAUCUGCUCGCCCGAGAGCGGGUGGAUGACGGGGUGUCUGGUCAGUGCUAAUGGCGGACAGUGGAUGGCCAGUUGA